GCAUUUUUAACGUGACCUUAACGCCGACACUCAGCGAUCACCAACUUGUGCUCCAUAACAAGCUCAACACUAACGCUAAUGAGCGAGAAACUAUGUCUGGUGAUCAGAAAGUGCUUUUAAAGGGACACUCAUCUCAAUACGUUAAGUUAAAUGUGGGUGGGCGCUUAUAUUAUACCACAAUAGGCACAUUGACAAAACUAUCAAAUGACACCAUGUUGAGCGCUAUGUUCAGUGGGCGCAUGGAGGUCCUAACCGAUUCAGAAGGUUGGAUAUUAAUCGACCGUUGUGGCAAUCACUUUGGAAUCAUAUUAAACUUUUUGCGUGAUGGCAGUGUGCCACUACCUGAGUCAAAUAAAGAAAUUGCCGAGCUGCUCGCAGAAGCAAAAUAUUAUUGCAUCACUGAAUUGGCAAUGUGCUGUGAGCGAGCUCUAUAUGCUCACCAAGAACCUAAGCCCAUAUGUCGCAUACCGCUGAUAACAUCUCAAAAGGAGGAACAGUUGUUGAUAAGCUCGUCUUUAAAACCGGCCGUGAUAUUAGUGGAUGUCAUCGGGCCGAGUGAAAUUUGUUGUUGGUCUUUUUACGGACACGCCAAAAAAGUUGCAGAGGUGUGCUGUACAUCUAUAGUCUACGCCACUGAUCGCAAACACACAAAAGUAGAGUUCCCAGAGGCGCGGAUUUAUGAGGAGACUCUUCAGGUACUUCUCUACGAGAACCGCAAUGCCCCCGACCAAGAGCUGUUACAAGCAACCUCAUCGGUGCGCGCUGGAGGAGCUAGCGGUUCCAGUAUGCAUCAAUAUACUAGUGACGAGGAGGAAGAACGCACGGGACUUGCACGCCUACGUUCUAACAAACGCAACAAUCCCAGUUGACUUCUUCAUGUAUAAUCCGUUUAUUUCUUAGAAUUGAUGUCAAAACUAUAAUGCUUGUGGCCUUUGUCUUACCAGUUCUUCAAAAUUAUCAUCGCGUAAAAGCGAAACUAACUACUAGCCUGCACAAAAAUACUAAAUUUUAAACCACCCUUCAUACCUAUACAUAUUAAUUCAUGUGUUCAUCGCUUGAUUUAUUAUUUUUACUACUUAUGUGUGAAUUCGAGUU